AUGCCCACCCCACUCCGCCCCGAACCCAUCGAGAUCGCCAUCAUCGGCGGAGGGAUUGUCGGCCUGCUCCGGCGCGGGAUCCAAGUGACCGUCUACGAGCAAGCACACGGCUUCCGCGAGAUCGGCGCGGGGAUCGCCUUCACCGCGAACGCCAUCCAGUGCAUGGAGCAGCUGGACCCGGCCAUCGUGACGGCGCUGCGGUCGAGCGGAUCGGUCGCGACCUCCGCGAGCAACGCGGGGGUGAAGGAGGCCCAUGACUACCUGCGCUGGAUCGACGGGUACAACCAGCUUGAUCCGAAUGAUCCCGCCUACCAGCGGAUGCUGUACCAGAUCGAUGCCGGAUAUCGGGGCUUUGAAGGGUGUCGGCGGGUCCAGUUCCUGGAGGCGUUGGUGAAGGUCGUGCCGCCGGAGGCCAUCUGGUGUCGACGAUGCUUGCAAUGGAUUGAGGAACGCGGGCUGGAUGAGAAGAUUGGACUGGGGUUUCUAGAUGGGACGCGGGUGGAGAUUCUCUUCGGGGAAGGCAGCCCCGUCUCAUACCCGCACUACACCCACGAGGUGGCCUACCGCACGCUCAUCCCGAUGGAGGCGGCCAUCGCGGCGCUGGGCGAAUACAAGGCCCGGAACCAGCACAAUCACGUCGGCCCGCGGGCCCAUCUCAUCCACUACCCGGUGGCCAACAAUACUCUGAUCAACGCCACGGCGUUUGUCAUGGAUUCUGGGGGCUGGCUCGAUGACAAGCAGAUGGUGGCGCCGGCCUCGCGCGGGGAGCUGGAGGCAGCAUUUGCCGACUGGAGUCCCUGUGUGCGCAACGUGAUCCGCUUGUUCCCCGAGGGGCUGGAGAAAUGGGCGUGCUUUGAUCUGUGGGAGUACCCGGCACCGUAUUAUAGUCGGGGGAAGAUCUGCCUGACCGGUGACGCGGCGCACGCUUCUACUCCACACCACGGGGCCGGGGCAGGAAUGGGGAUUGAGGAUGCGCUGUGUUUGUCGAGUCUUAUGGUGGAGGUGGUGGAGAUCAUCCGCAAGCAGCCGACGCUCAAGGGGACCGUCUUGGAGACGGCCUUUGAGACGUUUGGUGCUUUCCGCCGCACGCGAACCCAGUGGCUGGUGAACAGCAGCCGCACGGUGCGUGAUUUCUACCAUCAGAUCGAAUGGGGCGAGCCGUCCAAAUGGGUCAAGGCGGAGACUUGCUUUGAAGAGCUCAAGGCCCGGUUCCAUAAGAUCUGGUAUUUCGAUGAUGAGGCGAUGAAGGCGGAGGCCGUUGGGCUGUAUAGGGAGAAGAUGGGGGUGGACUAGACUUGAUGGCGCAGCAACACUGUCGUAAUAAUGCAGCGAGAUUGACCCUGUAUGAAUGGCUGAUGUGCGGCACAAGGACACAAGCAACUUUCGGAUAUACACAAUCUUACUUGGCCAUCUGCUAACACUUCUUGUCGAGCUGCCGUCGUAGCGAAAUCUCAUACUUUCUUUUCAUCUACUGUGCCCAGAAAAUCCAGCCCUG